AUCUGCAUAUAAAAUGCGCAACAACGCACCCGCGUUGAAGUCGCAUGUUUUAAAAGUCGAAACGUUCACGGGACACUCAGUCACAGUUUUGUCACACUAAUAAGAACAUCAUCGUGAUAAAAUCGAAAAUGCAUCAUAGUGCAAGUACUCAUGCUAUUGCUAUCUUUAUGUCGGUAAUAUAUAUCCUCUUUGUGGUUGUUAUUAUUACUCGUUUCAAAGAGACAUACUUGUCUGAAAAUAGUCCAUUCACAGAGAAGGAAACAGAAAAAUUAAGAGGCUACAGAACAUUAUGUAUGAACAAAUAUGAUGUUGAUACGACAAUAAUUAAAAAAGCAAAGGAAAUGGAAAACAUAAUUGAUUAUAUUGACGAAAGACUUGUUUCCUAUGUUAUUUGUUUAUAUAAAAACUGGGGAAUUAUAAAUGCAGAUGGACACAUUGACUGGAAGGUAACUCUUUCUAUGUUGCCAGGUGUACCACAAAAAGUAUUCAAUGAAAUAUACAGUGCAUGCAAUCGUACCACUGGUACGGAUUAUGAAAGAGGAUACGAGUUAUUUAAGUGCUUCUUACAAAACGAAGUAGAUCUUCUAUAAAAUAAAUCUAUUUAUUAAUCUCGAUUAAUACAAUAGAUUAUUUAUAAUCAGAUCUAUUGUAAAACGGAUUGAAGUAUUAAAAAUAUUGCACAUUUAUACAACAAUAUUAAGUAUUAUUAAAAAAAUAAAAAUACAUGUCGCUUUGAUAUAAAAUAAAAUCUCAUUUU